AUGCGCGGCAACACGCUGCGCACCUCGACCGUCCAGACCGGGACCAAGGCCAACCUGAACGAGGCUUUCUUCGUGAAGCGGGAGAUGGCGCCGGACCAUCCCGACGUGCUGUCGGGCCGCCGCUUCCGCGGCCUCAACCGCUGGCCCGACCUGCCGGGCUUUCGCGACACCGUCGUCGAUUACUGCAACGAGAUGGAGCGGCUGGUCCAGAAGAUGGUGCGGCUCUACGCCCGCGCGCUCGACCUGCCGGCCAACUAUUUCGACACCGCCUUCUCCGAGCCGAUGUUCUCGAUGCGCAUGACGCACUAUCCGCCGCAGGACGGACCCGGUCGACGACGAGUUCGGCCUGGCGCCGCACACCGACACCAGCUUCCUCACCCUGCUGGCGCCCAACGAGGUGCAGGGCCUCUCGAUCCGCAGCCAGAGCGGGACCUGGAUCGACAUGCCCGCGAUCGACAACGCCUAUGUCGUGAACGGCGGCCAGAUGCUGCAGCGCUACACCAACGACACGUUCCUCGCGACGCCGCACCGCGCCAUCAACAAGACCGGCGGGCGCGCGCUAUGCCCUGCCCUUCUUCUGCGACAGCGGCAUCGACUGGCCGGUCGCCGCCGGUGCCGACCAACCGGUGGGUCCCGACAGGCCGCCGAAGUAUCCCACGACCUGGUACAGCGACUACAUGA